UGCGUCUGGUCAGAACAUGAUUUAAAAGGUCACCUCUCCCAGCUUCAGUAGGCUCUAACCAUCACAGGGAAGACCCUUCACUCUCACCUUUCAACUCAAGAUCCUCUUACUCUCCGGAGCAUUUCCCCCGGACUUCCAUGACAAUGAUGAGAAUGAAACAGAUCCUCAUUUUGGCCAUCUUACUUCUUCAAUUGAUCACCUUAGUUGAGGGAAAGGGGAUUCCAUCAAAGACACAACAAGGAAAUACUGCAGAGAAGUUUGAAUUUGGCGAUAUGAUUGCCUUUCCACGUUUACCUGUUCAUACACACAAUGGAAUAAAAUAUUCCUACACACACUAUGCCAUUUAUGUGGGUGACACACAAUUCCCUGGAACAAGUAAAGAAGAUGGUCAGGAUAUAUUUCAUAUAACAGGUGUCCCCAUCCAGAAGCUUCUGGAGUUUGGCUUAUCUAAUUGCAUAUUUGGCAAGCUAAGUGAUAACAAGUCCGGACAUAAGAAAGAUAAUUAUCUUGAUAAAGAGGGCUUUCAAAAGAGGGAUAACGCUGAAAUAAUUAAGGAUAUUACACAUCUCUACAAAAAUUGUGGAAAAUGGCAUCCUGAAAAAAACAAUUGUGAACACCUUGCCACAUACCUCCGCUAUGGUGAAAAACACUUUAGACAGGCAGGUACAAAUGCGGCAAAGCUUCUCAAAUUAGACAGGGAACCAUAUCCUUACCCCCUUGAGAAGGAUGGGAAGGGUAAACGUGUCUUUGCUGACUGGCUCAUCGAAACCCGUGGCAACCAGGGUGCACCAGCUGCUUGAGUUCCUAACCUCUCAGAUGUUCUCUCUCUCUUCCAUCCUCUCUGUCUCUGAAUGUAGUGAGGUCUAAACCUCUCAGAUGUUCUCUCUCUCUUCCAUCCUCUCUGUCUCUGUAUGAAGUGAGGUCUAAACCUCUCAGAUGUUCUCUCUCUCUUCCAUCCUCUCUGUCUCUGUAUGAAGUGAGGUCUAAACCUCUCAGAUGUUCUCUCUCUCUUCCAUCCUCUCUGUCUCUGUAUGAAGUGAGGUCUAAACCUCUCAGAUGUUCUCUCUCUCUUCCAUCCUCUCUGUCUCUGUAUGAAGUGAGGUCUUAGUAAUAAUAAAACAUGAGUAGAAUUCUG